AUGGGCACACGCCGUGCUUUAUUCCCGAACCAGCGCUUGGCACCGCUGCUGAAUGUCGUUGGUAUUGUGAUGCUCGUCGGCAUGUUGCCUGGUAUCUUUCAGUUUGCAACCGAGCAGCUCUUCGUCGACCCGCAGAUCUUGGCAGUGCGGCCGAUCUCGGCAGACUUGUUGCCUGCUUUCGAUGCCGAAAGCACGCGCAGCAAACAUGUUCUGCUUUUGGGUAGAGAUCCUCGUCUUCAUGUGAAGACCAAGUCCGCGCAGACCUCGAGUAUUGAGAUCUGUUGCGACACGGAUCCUGACAACUGCACGGGUUACACGCUUGAGCACUCGUUGAUUCAAUUCGACGAGAAGCCCGCCAUCCUCGAGAUUCCAGCCGCAGCAUCCACGAGGUGCAAUCUGACCGCUCGAGGCCUGAGCAAGAAGUCAUUCACAACGCUGGAUCUCAUGGUGGCGGUGAAGGCCAUCAAAAAUCUGUGUGACUGUCGCAAGAGCAUCUGCAGCUGCUGCAAUGGUUACCUGGGCGAACUAGAUGCUGAAGGAGAGGAAGCACAGAAAAUGUUGGCGACUGAUUUCUGCACUCCAGCUCCAUGUGGCAUUGAUAAUUCGAACCGGAAACCGGGCCCCGAGUGCAAUUGCAGCAUUGGAUAUGUCGGGGACAUUGUUUGGGAGGCUGCCAAUGUCAGUGGUAGCUGUACUCCUGCUCCGUGCUAUGUGGAGGAUUCAAACAGGAAACCAGGGCUCGAGUGCCGGUGCAGAGAUGGUUUCGCGGGUGAGGUUCAUUGGGAGGGAUCUGAGGCAUCUGGCACAUGUUUGCCCGCCACUUGUGGCAGCAUUCCAUACUCCACUGGCGCGGGGAGGGAUUGCAAGUGCAUGGACGGCUAUGAUGGCGAGAUAAGAUGGAACCGUUCGCAACCUUUCGGGUCAUGCGUGGCGGCGGCAGGCUGCGCAGACAAAGUUGCAAAUAGUACGGGUGAAGGUUUGCAAUGCAAAUGCAAAGAUGGUUUCGCCGGCAAAAUCCUCUGGCAGGGUCCGGUGCCGCAAGGAAGCUGUCAAGCCGCAGAGUGCCGCAUAGAGAACUCCAAUCUGCAACCAGGCCCAGGCUGCAGAUGCAGGGAUGGCCACCAAGGUGACAUAAACUGGAGCGGAGACCGUGUGACCGGCCGUUGCACGCCUGCACCAUGUGCAGUUGCAAACAGCGUUGGUGAGGGAUUGCAAUGCAAGUGCAAAGAUGGCUUCACAGGCAGCAUUCGAUGGCACGGCUCGGUGCCGCAAGGAAGCUGUCAAGCAGCAGAGUGCCACGUAGAGAACUCCAACGAGCAACCUGGACUCGGCUGCAAAUGCAAGGCUGCCUACAAGGGUAACAUACGAUGGCAAGGGGACCGCGUCGGCGGGGCAUGCAUGCCGGCUCCCUGCAUGAUCCCGCACUCCUUGGGGCUGGGCCCAGAGUGUGCCUGCAGAGACGGCUUUGCAGGCGAGAUCAUUUGGCAUGAUGAUACACCAAGGGGGCAGUGUAUUCCCGCAUCUUGUGCGAACAUUCCGCAUACAACGGGUCAUGGGAUGGAGUGUGCGUGCAGAGAUGGCUUUUAUGGCACUGUGACAUGGUCGGGUGCCAGUGCUUCGGGAGAAUGCAAGCCCGCACCCUGCGAAACUUACGGGUCAAACCUGAAGGAUGGGCCUGCAUGCAGGUGUCUCGAGGGGUUCGAUGGCAGCAUUGAUUGGGACGGACCGCGACUACUCGGCUCGUGCGUGCCCCUGGCGUGCUAUGGGCACUAUUCCAAUCGUCGAGCGGGUCCAGAAUGUGGUUGCCUGGAUGCAUUCAAUGGGUCCAGGACCAGGCGGGAAGUGCCCGGUCAAAGGGUUCCAAGCCACUUUUGGGCCGACUGCCAUCCUGCAGAAUGCAGUAUAGAGAACUCGAACAUGAGGUCGGGCCCAAGAUGUGCUUGCUUGGAUGGGUACGAGGGCUCCAUUAGGUGGAAAGGUCCAUGGGAAAGCGGCGAAUGCCUGCCGGCCCCAUGCAACAUACACAAUUCCAAUUACGAGCCGGGGAGGGGCUGCAAGUGCCAGGACGGUUUUCUUGGAGCGAUUGCAUGGACAGGGCCUUUACCCUCUGGGAGCUGCAGGCCCGCUCCCUGCAACAUACUAGGCUCCAACUUAGAGCCUGGGCGGGGCUGCCGAUGCAAGGACGGCUUCCAAGGCAACAUCACUUGGAAUGGUUCAUCAGCCACCGGGGCCUGUGAGCCCGUGCCUUGUCGUGUUCUCCACUCUGACCACGCCCUGGGCACCUCAUGUCGGUGUUUGCAAGGCUUUUAUGGCCACAUCGUAUGGCGUGGCCCUACAUUUUCUGGAACGUGUGUGCCCCGGCCGCUGUGUCGGCUUGGAGACGCCUUCCACGUGACCCGACUGUUGGCAGGCCUGCUAGAUACCAACAACGACACUUGCCAAGCAGGCCAGUUCAUGCUUGUCCAUGGCCACACCGAAUGGGUAGACGCAAAGUCUCGGCUGAGAUGGUCUUCCGCAAAAGCUUUGCCACCUGCCCGGUGCAAGGUGGAAUGGCCGGAGGCACAUUAUGCAGUAAAAUUCAAUAAUCCUGACCCAGAGCACUUUAGCCUGACAAGUUGGUGCGCAGCGACACCUGGGCAGCCACUCUGCUCCUCGCAGAUCGUGUAUACGGUCACCACUCGCAAUACAUCUCAUUACGCCUGCGAUGCAUGCAAGACGUUAGAGCCUGCGCUGACAGAGUUUAGAGGCAGGCGCUGUGGAUAUGACCUCAUCAAGUGGGAGUCCUUCACCAUUUCUCCCGGAUCGUUUGCCGCAUGCACGUGCGACCUGUCUUUGAGCUGCAGCGAAGUGCCUGCAGAAGAGCUCCCCAGAGCUUGCAUCCACUACGCGGAGCCUGCGGUUCUGAGCCUUGCUCGUAGUGUCGAUGAGAAUGAUGCGGGAAAGGAUGUUGUGGGCUUGUAUAAGUUCUACGAAGCCGGAGAUCUCCUCCUGACCCGCAGUGCCGAUGGCCCCGAGGAGGCUGACAGACUUGGUGCCGAGUCGGCGGAUCACACAUGGCUCUCUGACGGAGAGAAUGUCUUGAGCAUAGGGCCUCAUAACACUGAUCUCUGGGUCGGGCGCACAGCUGGCUCGCACUUCAUCCUCAAUGGUUCGGUUUUGUCGGCCCCCACGGCGCUUCCUGAGUGGUGGAAAGUGAAGUUCAAGCAGGAAGCGGCUCUGCCCGGCAGCUUCAACACCGACAAACUGGCGGGCUGCGAGUUUGUUUUCAAGACGAACAGCUCGUGCUACAGUGCUCGGUUGGGACAGGGUGUCUGGGUUGCUCCGCCACAGGAAGAUCAUCAGGAAGACUGUGUUUUUGAGGAUGACGCCACUGCGGACAGCAGUAUCGCUUACAGGUACAGGUCGUCGGCCUUUGGGCUCCAAACUUACAGGUCGAAGGAAGCGUGCUACCCGACCGCAGCCUUUGAGGAGAUUCUCGUGCAGGUGGUGGACGUCGGCAUGUCCACUGAGGAUUUAAGCUAUACGAUUUCUAGCUCUCCCUGCCGAACAGUGAUUCGCUACAUGGUGGAUGCCAGGUCAAAGCUGUCCGAAUGCCACAGCUUCUUCAAGCCGAGCGCGAGUUGA